CCGCCCCCGCCCGCUCCGGCCCCGGGGGCAGUCGCGCCAGUGAGCGGUGGGACAGGAGACCACCACAGUGCCUCGUGCUGCAGCCCCGUGCGGAGCGAUGACGGAGUAUAAGCUGGUGGUGGUGGGUGCUGGAGGUGUGGGGAAGAGCGCCCUGACUAUCCAGCUCAUCCAGAACCACUUUGUGGACGAGUAUGACCCCACCAUCGAGGAUUCCUACCGGAAGCAAGUGGUCAUUGACGGGGAGACAUGUCUGCUGGACAUCUUGGACACAGCAGGCCAGGAGGAGUACAGCGCCAUGCGGGACCAGUACAUGCGCACUGGGGAGGGCUUUCUCUGUGUGUUCGCCAUCAACAACACCAAGUCUUUUGAGGACAUUCACCAGUACCGGGAGCAGAUCAAGCGGGUGAAGGACUCGGAUGACGUACCCAUGGUGCUGGUAGGGAACAAGUGUGACCUGGCUGCACGCACUGUGGAGUCUCGGCAGGCGCAGGACCUUGCCCGCAGCUAUGGCAUCCCUUACAUUGAGACUUCGGCCAAGACGCGUCAGGGCGUGGAGGACGCGUUUUACACACUGGUGCGCGAGAUCCGGCAGCACAAGGUGCGCAAGCUGAGCCCGCCGGACGAGGGCGGCCCGGGCUGCAUGAGCUGCAAGUGCCUGCUCUCCUGACGCCCCUGCGGGCCCUGCGUGCCCGCCCUGCACAGGCGCAGCCCUGGAGGUGCCGGACGCUGGGAGGAGGGGAAGGAAGGAAGGAAGUGCCGCCAGAGCCCAGCCAGCCCAGGGUCGGUGGACAGAGCGAUCGUGGGCCUCCCAGGACGCUUUGCACAGACUGUCAUGAACCGAGGCCACUGGCCCGCCUGCCAAGCCUCUUCGCAGCCCCGUCCCGGCCCACUGGGUGCAGGUUCAAUUGCAGUAAAUUAUUUGAUGGUCUUGAUCCUGGCGUGUGGCUGAGGCUGGGCAGCUGUGAUGUGUGCGGCCUCUCGUGUGGGGGGACCUCGGCGUCUUCCCGCCAGCGGUCCCUCUGCUGCUCCGGGCUCCUCGUGCUGCAAGCACAGGCUGGUCACACGGUUUAAGGUUUUGACAAAACGCUUCAUGGAACCUGAACUAGCGAAGUGCGGGGAGCUGAGAGCAAGG